AAUAUUCGAGGAUGACUUGAUUGCUGUUGGGGCGGACCUAUUCUUCUCAAGCCACUUUGAUUUUGCCACCGAAAUGAUGAACAAACUCGACGAAUGCAGAGCAGUCAAAAGUAUUUUUAGUUUUACUUAAGUCAAUGGAAAAAACCGUACCAAAUGGCACUAUUUUUGCUAGAAUGCAAAACUGGUUCAGCAAAAACAUUGAAACGAAUUUUUAAGAAAAAUGCUAGCUAUUCUGGCUUUCGAUUCUCAAGGAAGAUUUGCUUUGGUUUCAAUGUUACUUUUUAUUAUGCCAAUAUAUUUUCGGUAAAACUAUAACAAAAUUUAGAAAUUGGUCAGAUAUUGUAAAUAAACGGUGGUGCUCUCUACUGCUGGCUCCGCAAACAAUAAAUCAUUCACUUUAAAGACAAAAACGAGGAAACAUUCGCGUUUGACUUCCUGGCGUGUCUCCUUCAGUCCAAAGAGUUGGAACGCUUCUGGAAAUUUUAUGAUUUCAACCUUGAACAAAGCAGUGUGAUUCCCGUGGACCACGAUCUAAACUCACCGUGCAUGACGUUUGAUCAUUUUUUUAUAUAUAAACCGGACUUAUGCAUUCCAGCCGAUGAUUUGCUUCCGCUGACUGAAACUGGGCCUUUUAUUACCCUGAAACCGAUCAACAUAAAAUUUCUCAAAACGUCAUCUUUCACCGCGUGUUUGGAGCGGAAUGGCUCGCUUCCCUACGCGGAAACCAAGCAGGAGUUUGAAAUGAUCUACAUUUAUAUCAGAAGAGUGGCUCCGAAGCUGACGAUAAUCUGGGACCAAGGCUUUUACGACAAACUGAACAAGAAAUUCAUGUGGUGCCGCAGCGACUUCAUCCCCUUCGGACCUGGGGCGAAAAUUCCGAUCCCUGUCGCCGUGAACGCGACGACCAAUCAGGACUCCGUGAUGCUCGUCUCGCUACCUGGUGCGACGCCAAAUCUGCACGCCGUCCCCGCCACCGAGCAGCUCAAGUACCAAACCUCAGUCUUUUGCCGCUUCCCAGAUUACGCCGUGAACGAGUGCACGGCUAACAUCCCAUUCGAAACGUUUUGGGACUAAAUGCUUUUAAAUUAUCCGAUUUGGGAAUUCAAUUGUUAUAGCAUUAAGUUUUUUCCGGCAAUCCAAAUAUGUCUUUUGAAUACUUCUCUUUAA